ACUGCUGAGCCUGUAAUAGAGAAAAAGGGAGAGGGAGAGGGAGAGAGAGAGAGAGGGGGAAGGAGAGCAAGACUGAACUUGAAAGAAAGAGUGUGAGAGAGUGAGUGAGUGAGUGGGUUUGUAAGUUUGUGGAGCUGAAGCUGAAGCAUGCUGUCUCUGGUGUGGUCUGGAGUUCUGCUCCUGGUGCUCUGGGCUCCAGAGGCCCAGGCCAUUGAUGACUUCCAGCACCAUGGCUAUGAGGAGAUGGUGCGUGCCCUGUUCUCUGUGCAGAGCCAGUGCCCCUACAUCACCCGCAUCUACAGCAUCGGCCGCAGCGUAGAGGGGCGCCACCUCUACGUGCUGGAGUUCAGCGACAGCCCUGGCAUCCAUGAAGCAUUGGAGCCGGAGUUCAAGUAUGUGGGCAACAUGCAUGGAAACGAGGUGCUGGGCCGCGAGCUCCUUAUCCACUUGUGCCAGUUCCUGUGUGAGGAGUACCUCGCGGGCAACCAGCGCAUAACCAGCCUUAUCCACAACACACGCAUCCACAUCCUGCCCUCCAUGAACCCAGACGGCUAUGAGGUGGCAGCCAGGCAGGGUCCAGAAUUUAACGGAUACCUAGUGGGCCGUGGGAACUCCAGAGAAGUUGACCUCAAUCGCAAUUUUCCAGACUUAAAUGGCCUCAUGUACUACUACGAGAAGAACAACGGGCAAAACCAUCACCUGCCCCUCCCUGACAAAUGGGAACUACAGGUUGAACCAGAAACGCUGGCAGUAAUUAAAUGGAUGCAGAACUAUAACUUUAUUCUAUCAGCAAACCUGCAUGGAGGAGCAGUGGUGGCCAACUAUCCUUUCGAUAAAUCUAGAGAGGCUCGUAUUAGAGGAAAGUCUACAUAUUCAGCCACCCCCGAUGACAAGAUCUUUAAAAAGUUGGCAAAAGCCUACUCAUAUGCUCACAGUUGGAUGCAUAAAGGCUGGAAUUGUGGAGACUACUUUGAGGAGGGCAUUACCAAUGGAGCCAACUGGUACUCUUUGUCCAAAGGCAUGCAGGACUUUAACUACCUCUACACUAACUGCUUUGAGAUCACUCUGGAGCUGAGCUGUGAUAAGUUCCCCCCAGCAAGUGCUCUAUCCAGGGAGUGGCUAGCCAACAGGGAGGCUCUGGUGUCCUACAUGGAACAGGUACACCACGGCAUUAAAGGAAUGGUCUAUGAUGAGAACAACAACCCCAUCGGCAAUGCAGAAAUCUCAGUGGCUGGCAUAAGCCAUGACAUCACCACUGGACCAGAUGGAGACUACUUCCGUCUGCUUUUGCCAGGGACCUACACUGUCACUGCCUCUGCAGCAGGGUACCAGCCCUAUAGCAGUACAGUCACAGUUGGCCCUGCAGAGGCCAUACAGUUACACUUCUAUCUGAAACCUGCACCUAAAGGGACAAACUUGAAUGUGAGGGGCCAUCAAGGCAAGAAAAACUUGUCCACUGCCAAGGUUCCUCCAGCCAACCUCGGCCCAAGAUAAAAACAACAAAAAAACAGAUGGACACUUCCCUCAACAAAGAGAAACUCCCAUCUCUUUCCCAGAAAUGAGAAGGAGGUGAAGAAUGUGGAGAGGCACAAGCUAACUCCGUCACAAACCUCACCUUUUCUAUUCAUUGAAAUAUAUCUUCCAGAGUCCUCCGUUUGUAUUGAUUUUUAAUAGAGUGUUUUUCCUACACGGGCAUUCUUUUGCUAUGAGUGUCAUAUUUAUGUAAUACAUAAGAAAUGUAUGUGUUAAAUAACAAUGAAAAAGUAAAAUGUGAAAAGUGUCAGGAAUAAUAUCCAUACUGUAAUUUAGGUAAUUAAGCAAUAUUAUGAAGUGCAACCCACAUUGUACAUCAGCACUUAUAGACAGUGAACAACAAGACCACAGUCAUCGAAGACAUUUUGCAGUCAAAAACUGCACCAUCAAAUAUGCCAGUAAUGUGGGUUUUUAAUCAGGAUUGUCUUGGGAAUUUGACAUUUUACAAACAUUUUACAAUUUGAAUAAUAAAAAUUCACCUUCUACAUUAAACUUGAAUUAUCUGAUACAUUAAGCAACAGACACAUUUCCCCUUCCUGUAAAUUUGUGAAUAUGUGUGCUAGAAAUGUUGGUCACAAGGACCUAUAAAAGUGAAUACCUUUUCAUUAGCUAAAGUAAAAUGUAAACUCUA